AUGUUAUUUCCGGUUUCGUGGCCGCCUUGUUUGAAUUUUUUUUGGACUUCGAAGUCCGUAGGUCCUGCUCGACAUUUUUAUAAAAUAAAAUAGAAUUUAGAACAUUAGUAACGGUAUUUUUCAGGUAUUCUGUGUAGAACAAAGGUAAAGAGCCAAACCAUGGCUCAGCGUGUGGCAGUAUCAGAUAAUGGAAGCAAGAAAGCCUCCCGGGUAAGAGUUGCUGUUCGUCUGCGGCCUUACAUGGGCAAACAAGAUGACAAAGGCGAGGGGCCUUGUGUUAGAGGGUUGGAUUCACAGAACCUGGAGAUCAUCAACUGGAGGAAUGCCACAGAAACUGUAAAAUAUCAUUUUGAUGUGUUCCAUGGCGAGAAUACGACGCAACAAGAGGUGUUUCUCUCAUCGGUGAAGCCUAUUCUGCCGCAUGUUCUGAGAGGACAGAAUGCAAGUGUGUUUGCCUAUGGGCCAACAGGAGCCGGCAAGACACACACCAUGAUGGGAAGUUCAGAGCAACCGGGCAUGAUUCCCCGCGCCGUUGGUGAGAUCUUCCAUCUAGUCAAUGACCAGGAUGAGAACGAUGGAUGGGACUACACCGUCGGCAUGUCUUAUUUAGAGAUUUACAACGAGAAGGUGCUAGAUCUUUUAUCACCGAGUUCCCAGGAUUUGCCGAUACGACAGGACAAGGACAAGAACAUCCUCAUACCCGGCCUCACUCACACGACAAUCUCGUCGUUUGCGGAUUUCGACCGCCAAUUUGUUCCUGCCAGUCUUAAUCGUACCACAGCGUCGACAAAACUGAACCAGCGCUCCAGCCGUAGCCAUGCUAUCCUCCUCAUAAAGGUGGUGCGGACUCAACGAGCCCUCGCGACCCGCCAACAAACGGGCAAGCUCUACCUGGUGGACCUGGCUGGCUCCGAGGACAACCGUCGCACCGGCAACCAGGGCAUCCGCCUGAAAGAAAGCGGCGCCAUCAACCUGUCUCUCUUCACUCUCAACAAAGUGGUGGACUCCCUCAACUCGGGCGCGUCUGUGCGUGUGCCCUACAGAGACAGUAAACUGACGCGCCUGCUUCAGGACUCCCUGGGGGGCUCGGCUCACUCUGUCAUGAUCACCAACAUUGCCCCGGAGUACAAGUACUACUUCGAUACCUUCAGCACGCUCAACUUUGCAGCCAAGUCCAAGCUCAUCGUAAACAAGCCUUUCACGUGUGAAACGGUGGCUGUGCAGCCAGUGAAGCGGGCCAGAGAGGAGCACGAGGCAGGGGGUUCUGGCACCGUGCCCCACAAAAAGAAGCAGAGGGAGGAGAAGAAAGCGGAGCAGGAUGCCUCCUCGCCUUCAUCUCAUGUCUACAGCCUCUCCGAGCCAUCAGUGAUGGACAGGCUGGUUGCUUUGGAAAAGCUGAUGAUGAACUGCCAGGAUAAAGACAGUGUAAAUAUGUUAAAGCACGUCGCCCAGUCUCGCAAGGAGAUCCAGGAGCUUAAAGAAAAGCAGAAGGAGUUCGAGAGCAAGACCAUGCUGUUGAGUCAGCUGGCUAAACAAAACUCCACACGUCCAGAGGCGGCUUUCAGGACUAACGAGGCUCCUUUGCAGCCAAAACCAGGCACCGUCUCAAAAGUCAAUAAGAAGCAGGCCGUGGUGCAACCUCUGCAGGUGUCUCAGCUCCAGCCUCUAAAUCAGCUCGCAGUGAUCAGGAAACCGUCUGUCUGCAUCAAGAAAGCGGGCAAGAUGCUCCCAGAUCACAUGGAGCUCCCGGGUGAUAAAGAAAACAUCAUGCUGAAGGCCUGGGAGUCCCAGCUAGACGUGUGCAUCCUGGAACAGUCCAGACAGAAGAUCCUGCACAUCCUCAACACGGGUUCCGUCAAAGAGCUAAAAGGCCUGCAGCAGAUCGGCGACAAGAAGGCCAAGCUCAUCCUGGGCUGGAGGGAGAUCCACGGCGUCUUCCACAAGCUGGAAGAUUUAUGUAAAGUUGAAGGUAUGACAGAAAAGAGAUUUUCCUCCUUUAUGAAGGCAAACAUCUUAAGUGCGAUUGGAAAGUGAUCUUUUUAUUUUUUUAAGCCUCUCCCAUGUAAAUAACCUACAAAUGUUUUUUUUCGCUAAGAUAAGCUUAAUUUUUAAUUUUUGUUCUAUUGUUGUAGUUCCCCAUGUACUCCAGAAGAUGGUGCCUUCCUCUUCUUUAUUUCCAUUAAACCCCUCCUGUCCUGA